CAGAUAGUUCUGCGUUUCCAUCUUUCAAAGAUCAGUGUCUGAAGUGGCAUAAUAUAUACCGUGAAUUACAUCAGGUCCAGAAUGUGACGUGGAAUGAGAGUCUUGCGGCCGAUGCAGAAAGCUGGGCAAAUCAUCUGGCAAUAAAUAAUAUGUUUGAACACGCCAAAAAUAUUUGGGAGGGAGAGAAUUUAUACCUGUCUGGUUCUCCUCUACCUAAGGAGCCCUGCACUGAGGCUACGCAGUUAUUUUACGGAGAAAUCGAAAAUUAUGAUUUCAGCAAGCCUGUAUUUUCUUGGAAAACAGGCCAUUUCACUCAGGUCGUAUGGAAAAACACUAAAGAGAUCGGAGCAGCAAAGAGAAUUAGGAAUGAUAGCAAACUCGUGGUGGUGAUUCGGUAUUUUCCCCCCGGAAACUUGCUAAGUCAGGAAGCUUUCAAGAAGAAUGUGCUUCCAAUACCUGGGGAGGGCAGAGGCGGGGCUUUUGAAAGGUGCGCUUCUUUAGCGUUCACUGGUUUUGUUUGGGUUGUUGGAACUUGCGGUCAAUUUAUUUUCUGAAAGCAUUUUCUGCCAAAACUAAGUAUUUAAAAAUACUCAAGUUUUCAAGCUUGCAUUUGUGGUAAAACCUGUAGAUUACCUUGAAUGAAACGCAACCAAGAUCUUGAUGGUAGACUAAAAAGAUUUUGAGUGAGGUAUACCAAACACCGGCCACAGCAAGGAGAGAUUUUUAU